AUGUCGUCCUCCAAACUACCCUCUUCUUCCACCGCGCGACAACUCCUCGCCCGUCUCACCAAACUAACCUCUACCUACUCGGGGCUGGAUGCCUCGUUGAUGCUCGUCCAGUACUCAUCUCCUUUGGUCAUAGCUUUAUUACUCCGUCUCGCAGCGCUUAAGACUAGAAUAGGGCUCAGAGGGAAAGGUGGUUCUGCUUUUGGAUUGAGACAAUUGGCUGAAGGGUGGGGUAAGAUGGGCGGAAGUAUAGGGGAAGCGAGGGUGGUAUUCAGAGCAUUUGGUCUCCUUCCAAUCUUAACAUGGCUUUUAUCUCUCCAUCCUCACCCUAUCCAAUCUCUCAAAUCUCUUCUCCAAAGUGGACAUCUUCCAUCACUCGAUUCGCCCAAGACUUUAUCGACCCUUCAAGCGAUCUCAUUACUUCUCUAUUACCCCUUAGAACACCUAGCCUGGCUAGGAGGGAAGGGCGUGAUACCAUUGGGCGAGAAGAGAAUGGGAUGGACUGGAUUGUGGAGUGUGAGAUUCUGGGCCUUAUAUGUCCUUUUGGAUAUAUACAAACUCCGUCAAACUUAUCUGUCUCUCCUUACCCGGACGAGAUCACUCAAACAAUCUCAAAUGGCCAAACCGAACCUCACGGAAAAGCAAGAAGAGGCUAAAGGGUUUGAGUUACCCCCUUCCCCCUCAUCGCCCACUCAUCAAAACGUCACAUCCUCAUCUGAUCAGCCGCUCAAUUUGGCCGGUGAGAAAGAUAAUAACAAAAUCAGUGAGAAAGAGGUGUUGAAGCAUGAUUGGAAAGUAUGGAAGAACGAUGUGAUGAUCAACAUUGGAUACGCCCCGUUAACCGUACAUUGGUCUACACCGGGUGGACUCUGGUCAAGUCCUUUGAUAGGCGGUUCGUUGGGUGUCGUAGCUGCUGUAGGAAGAUUGACUGCUGAGUGGAGAAAGGGGGGUCAAUAG